GUGAACACAACGGUCUCUCUUAAACUCCCUGAAGUUAUUGUCAAGGAUUCUGAAAAAAGCUUUGUCACUGUACUGGGUGAUCUGAUCAGUCAUGCUUUAAAAAACAUUGCUGAUCUGUUGCGAAUGCCUUACGGCUGUGGUGAGCAGAACAUGCUGAACUUUGCACCCAAUAUUUACAUCCUUCAGUACUUGGAGAGCAGUGGACUGCUCACGCCUGAUAUUUUGGCACGAGCUAAAACCUAUCUGGAGACUGGCUACCAAACACAGCUGAAUUACAAACAUUCUGAUGGAUCUUACAGCGCAUUUGGGAACAGUGAUCCUUCUGGGCACACCUGGUUAACUGCAUAUGUGAUGAAGAUUUUCGGAGGGGCAAAGAAACAUGUGUUUGUAGAUGAAACCAACAUCGAUCAGGCAAAGAAUUGGUUGGGUCAGCUCCAGCAGGGGAAUGGGUGCUUUAAAACAGUGGGCAUCCUUUACCACAAUGAAAUGAAGGGUGGUGUCAGUGAUGAUGUCACUCUCACCGCAUACAUCGUUGCAGCUUUUCUGGAACUGGGCAUGAAAACAACAGAUCCCAUGGUGAAACAAGGCCUUGUUUGUCUGAAGGAAGCUUCCAGCAACCUUGACAACACGUACUUCACUGCCCUGGUCGCCUACACAUUCACUCUGGCUGGAGACCAAGAGAUGAGACAGAAACUCGUCUCCAACUUGGACAAUUUAGUCAAGAGAGAUGGUGUUGGCCGAUAUUGGACUCAAACAAAUGGGAAACUGACAGGCUCUUUAGAUGUAGAGAUGACUUCAUACGUGUUGUUGGCGCUUCUCUCUGGGCCAACACUGCCAUCAUUUAAACUGGACUAUUCUGCUACCAUAGUGCACUGGCUGGCCAAGAGGCAAAAUGCCUUUGGAGGUUUCUCCUCUUCUCAGGACACUGUGGUGGCCCUCCAGGCACUUGCUAAAUACAGUGCUGCCACCUACAGUCCAACAGGAUCCGUUGUUGUCAAUGUGACCUCCCCCUCAAGCCAGAAAUACAACUUCAUUGUCAACCAGAGUAACCGAUUGCUUUACCAGGAGAGACCGCUGCUGCCACCUACAGGAAGCUUCACAGUCGCUACAAGAGGCCAGGGCUGUGUGUUUGUGCAGUUUUCCUUGCACUACAAUGUCCUGCCAUCUAACUCCUUGGCCUUCACCAUCAAAACUGAUGCAACUUCAACUUGUAAAAGGAAACGGUACUAUACUGUUACAUUAACGUUUACUAUCAGAUAUAAUGGUCCACGAGGAGAGACCAACAUGGUGAUCAUUAAUGUGAAAUUGUUGUCUGGAUUUGUGCUGGAUUCCUUGUCUCUACAAACUCUUCAGCAGGAUUCAAGAAUCAAACUUGUGGAGCAGAAUGAAGGGCAUGUCAUGUUGUAUUUAGAUGGGAUGAAAAAGGAUGAGGAGAAAUCCUUUACCUUGAUGCUUUUGCAGAACGUAGUGGUGAAGAACCUGAAACCAGCUGUGGUGACUGUCUACGAUUACUACAAGACUAGUGACGGUGGUGAGAAGCAGUACACCUCCCCAUGUUAAGUAAUGUGUCGUGCUGUCACUGGACAAUCCAGAGGUGAUAUUCAAUGGUGUGACUUCAUUUCAUCAGACCUUCAAGAUCAAGGAUGGAAUUAAUACUGCCGCAUGAUUUGUUCUUAUAUCUUCUGAAUUUCUUAAAAUCAGAAUAUACUGAUGACAUGCUACUGUGUAUAUGAACUGUAAAUGAUAAU